AUGUCUGUAACGACCAUUGAAGGAGUGGUUUCGAAUUCUGAGAAAAAGAUGGGGUUGGAUGACAAUGUCAAAAGCAAUGAAGAGGAUAAUGAUAAUAAUAAUAGUAACAACAACGCUUCUCGUGUCGAAGGAAGUGAUAAUGAAGAAGGAGGUACACUUAGCAGAUACAUGAGUGAGACUUCUGUUGCUGCCACGGAAGACGAGGAGGAUGAUGAAGAUAGGAAGAUUGAAUUGGGUCCACAAUGUACCUUAAAGGAACAACUUGAAAAAGAUAAGGAUGAUGAGAGCUUGAGGAGGUGGAAGGAGCAGCUUCUUGGAAGUGUUGAUAUCAAUGCUGUUGGAGAAACCUUGGAGCCGGAAGUGAAGAUCGUGAGCCUUGCGAUAAAAUCUGCUGGUAGACCUGAUAUUGUUCUUCCAAUACCAGAAGGAGGAAAUCCAAAGGGUUUAUGGUUUACUUUGAAAGAAGGUAGCCGGUACAGGUUGGUGUUCACUUUUCAGGUCAACCAUAACAUUGUUUCUGGUCUCAAAUACACCAACACUGUCUGGAAAACUGGUAUCAAAGUUGAUAGCAGUAAAGAAAUGAUUGGAACCUUCAGCCCUCAAUCUGAGACUUACACCCACGAGAUGCCUGAAGAGACAACACCGUCUGGAAUCUUCGCUAGAGGGGCAUAUACAGCUAGAAGUAAGUUUGUUGAUGAUGAUAACAAGAGCUACUUGGAGAUCAACUACACUUUUGAUAUCAGAAAGGAUUGGCAGUAA